AUCUUUGUUAACAAUGGCCAUUUUCCUGGGAUUACCUCGUCUGAGUUAUGCAAUAGUUGUGCGAUCUGAACUAUGGACCGCACUGAACAAACUCAGUUUUCCGCAAAGAGAGGCUACAGAACUAGAAAACAAUGGAUUUUCUCAGAGGUUUACGCUGCCUUUUUUUGCUCUCCAUCCUCCUCACAACUGGCGCUUUCUUUGCUCUGGCUGGCAAAGUCCUCGUCUUUCCAGUGGAUGGCAGCCACUGGGUUAACAUGAAACUGCUAAUUGAGGAUUUGCAUUCUGCGGGUCAUGAGGUCACCGUGGUGCGGACCGCCAGCAGUUGGUACAUCAAGGAGGAUUCACCGCACUACAAGGCCAUCACGGUCCCCCUACCAGAGCACAUUAACAUUGAGGACCAAGAAUUCAUGGUAAGGUUCUUAAGUGAAAUGCUUGAGAUACAGAGACAGGGAGGUUCCCUGGUUGCAACCAUGCAGUUUUAUUGGCAGAUGCUGACAACGCUCUCCAAAAUGCAUCACCAAGCAAGUCAACUAGUGGUGGAGAUGUUCGAAAACCCGGUACUAAUGAAACAGCUCCAUGAUGCACAUUACAACGUGGCCCUUAUUGACCCGGGUCUACCUGUGGGCGUUCUAGUGGCCCAUAAACUCGGUUUACCCACAGUGUUCAAUGUGAGAUGGAUCAUGAGUGGAGAAGGACACUUUGUUAUCGCACCCUCUCCAGUUUCCUACGUCCCUGCACCGGGAAGCGGUGUGCCAAACCACAUGUCAUUUGCUGAGCGGGUCAAGAACAUAUUCCAUUAUGUGCUGAACAUGGGCAUAGACCAAUUCAUCAUAAACCCAGUUUAUGACAGAUUAGUAGCACGUUACUUUGGACAUGAAACCAAUUUCUACCAUUUGCUACAGGGUACAGAUAUGUGGCUUAUGAGAUCAGAUUUCAUCUUUGAGUUCCCACGUCCAACAAUGCCCAACGUCGUCUACAUCGGAGGCUUCCAGUGCAAACCUUCCAAGCGCUUACCACCAGAGCUGGAGGAGUUUGUGGAAGGGUCGGGAGAACAUGGGGUUAUUGUGAUGUCACUAGGGACACUUGUGAAAGGUCUACCCAAUGAGAUCACAUCUGAAAUCGCGGCUGGUUUUGCUCAGCUACCCCAAAGAGUGAUCUGGAGGCACCUGGGUGAGCGACCUCAUAAUCUUGGCAACAACACUCUUUUGGUCGACUGGUUGCCUCAGAACGACCUACUAGGUCAUCCUAAAACAAGGGCAUUUGUUGCGCACGGUGGGACCAAUGGAAUAUAUGAAUCUAUAUAUCAUGGCGUUCCUGUGGUUGGGCUUCCGCUGCUGUUUGACCAGUUUGAGAAUAUGUUGCGUCUUGAGGUACGGGGGGUGGCUAAAGUUCUUGAAGCUACUAAACUGGACAGCCAGAGCUUUUUAACAGCAGUGCGGGAAGUCUUACAUCAGCCAUUGUACAAAGAGAACAUGCAGCGGCUAUCUAGGCUACACCGCGAUAAGCCUACGCAUCCUCGAGACAGCGCCCUCUAUUGGAUAGAGUUCGUAAUGCGGCACAAAGGGGCAGCACAUUUACGAACAGAGUCUUAUAGGAUGCCGUGGUACUCAUACCAAUCGGUUGAUGUAGUGACAUUUUUGUUAGCUGUUGUACUAACAAUAGGGGGAGCUGUGAUUCUCACAUUACGCUUUUUGUGUCUCAGAUUGUGCCGAAGACAGAAAUCAAAACUUGAGUGAUGCAUGAAUGAGCAUUAAACACUAUAUUAAAUAUAUAAAUAAAUUGCUGAACAAUGUUUGGAGAAGAAUGUAUUGGUUUUACGUCACCUAAUUCCACAGUACUCGCAUAUGGACGUCAAAGCAAUUGGCUAUUUUCACAGCGAAAAACUAAAAUACAAUAAGAAAGUAUAGUCAUUAAAAACCUUCAUACAGUUUAAAAUAUAUAUUUUUGGAUUAAAUCUGAUUGAAUUUAUGGGUAAGAGGUAAUAAAUUCCCUAAUUAUUCAUACUGAGAAUGAAUGUUAAUUGGUUGAAUUUAAUUAAUUGACAUAAAAGGAUGGCACAGUAUACAGUAUGCAUAUUUGGACUUACUUUAUAUCAGGUGUCUUUAACUACUAUGUACUAAAGCAUUUGAUACAAUGUACUUAUUAUGUGCAUACACUAUGUGUUGUGGCAUUGUACUUGUACCUGUAUUUAAUUACAUUCGCACUUACACUGUUAACCUUACCCCUAACCAUAAUCCUAACCCUACCUUAACCAUACCUCAACCUCAGUUGCAAAUGUGAAUCUUGUAAGAACUUUGUAGAACAAAAUGUAGUUACACAAAAAUAAAUAGUAUUGUAUGUAUUUUAAUGUUAGUACAUAGUAGUUAAAGACACCUAAUAUAAAGUGGGACCAUCUAUUUUAUUUGGUUAGAAAAUUUGCCCUUUGAAGGUAUAAAAUGCUGCUAAAAAACAAAACCAGAUGGCAAAUAUCUCCUCUUAAUGGAAAAGUUCAUUUCUGACUCUGGUCGAGCACCACUUAGUCUCCACGUCCUAUCCGACAAUGCUGACACGAGUCAUGUUGAAACACCUGUGGCCUUGUGUGUGGUGUCUAUGAUUAGUGGAUUUUCUGUACAAUAAUGGUAACAGUAAAUAUGUUAUUUAACCAAAUAAAAAGUUCUGUAAAGAUA